CGCGCGACGUGCCGCCUGUGCAAACCUCCGACACAGGAACACGGCAGCGCGCCAGCCCGCCACCGACAGCCCGCCAUGGUGUCCGUAGGCGCGUGGAGGCGCCGGUCUCCCGAUGAAUGUGACGAUCGCACCGAACCCGGGGCCUCCAGCUCGGGAGUGCCGCGUGCGCCGCCCAACUGCGCUCGCUGUCGAAACCACCGGCUCAAGGUCGAGCUGAAGGGCCACAAACGUUACUGCAAGUAUCGGUACUGCACCUGCGAGAAGUGCCGUCUCACCGCUGACAGGCAGCGCGUCAUGGCAAUGCAGACAGCGCUACGGCGUGCCCAGGCGCAGGAUGAGGCGCGCGCGCGGGCCGCCGAGCUUGGCCACCCGCCGCCUGGCAUCGAGUUGGAACGGGGCGAACCGCCCGUAGUGAAGGCACCCCGGAGUCCUGUCGUCCCAGCGCCGCCACCGCCACGCUCUCUGGGCUCCUCCAGCUGCGACUCUGUACCCGGUUCACCCGGAGUGUCCCCCUUUGCGCCGCCGCCGCCCUCGGUGCCGCCGCCGCCGACGAUGCCGCCCCUGCUGCCUCCGCAACAGCCCGCGGUGUCCCUUGAAACCCUGGUGGAGAACUGUCACAGACUACUGGAGAAGUUCCACUAUUCGUGGGAGAUGAUGCCGCUAGUUUUGGUCAUCCUCAACUACGCAGGCAGUGACCUUGACGAGGCGUCGCGGAAGAUAGAUGAAGCUCACUGGGUGGUACAUCAAUGGCGUCUUUACGAGCGGUCACUCUGCUCUCUGCUGGAGCUGCAGGCGCGCAAGGGCACGUAUUGUUGCUCCUCGCAGUAUGUCCUCGCGCCGGAGUACGGCCAGCACCUGCUGCCGCUGCAACUCACGACGCAGCGCCAUUCGCCGCCGCCCGCGCACUUGUAGCGGUACGACCACGCGCCGAACUUGGCGGCGCCCGAUCCCACCGAUCCCCCGUCGACUUCAAAUGCGGCGGAAGGUGCCGACGACUCCUAAACGGGGCCGCUCCCGGCGCGUGUGGGACAACCUUACGCACCACUGUGACAGCACACUUACGCGACAGUGUGGCAUCACCUUUACGCGCGAGUGUGAUACCACCCUUACGCGCGAGUGUGAAACCACCCUUGUGUGCGAAUUCCGGACUACAAAAUACCAUAGUGUUAGAUCUGUAUAGACAUACAAUCAUUUUUGUAUAUAUGUUACGUGUAAUUAAUUACGGGAUUUACUUAGUACCUAAUUGUUUUAAUUUUUUUUGUCUAUUUUUAACGAAGUCGAAUUACACAAAUAGAUUGAGGUAAAAAAAUGUUUGAAGGUGUUUUGUACUUUUUGUUUAACAACAUUGUCAUGGAAAUCCAACGUUGUUUCAUAUUGCAUGUAUUUAGUUUUGGAAUAUCUGUGAAAACAGAAUAGAUUAAGGUCUCUGACACACUGAAGUGAAUAGGAAUCGGAAACGAAGCGAAUCUGAUUUUGAUAUGAACAUAGCACGUAAAAGGUUUAUCUUAAGCGAACAAUCUAACUAUAUCAUUUUAGCGCAAAACCGAAUCUAUUAUGAAGCACUAAAAUGGAGUAGGUAUUGUUCUCCAUUUUUCAAUUAUUUUCAUGUCUUUCGUAUAAAGCUUCGAUUCCGGUUAGCUUUCAGUGUGUUAUAGGCCUUAUUUUUCCGUUUGGCGAUAAAACGCUACUGGAAAACAGACCUUAAGUUAUAACACAUUUAUAGCGAAUGAACAUUUUAUUUUGCACCCCAUACAUUGCCUGUGAACUAUAAUACAUUAUUUAAAUUUGCAUACAAUAACAUCAAUGUAUUCGGUAAAUGACGAUAGAUUCGUUGGUAUUAUUCCGAUGUGUAUCGAAGGAUAAUCGUGAUCCUGUUUCACUUAAAAAAGAUAGGCUGCAUGUGAUUGUACAAUAAAGAAAUGGUGACAUUUGAAUGCAUGCAAUUUGUUUGCAAUUUUUUUUUAUUUUGUAACACACGACACGUUUAAUCGUACGACACAAAAACUCCACAGUAACUUUUAAUAUGAGUUUCUACUGCGGUAAAAUAUUGCUAUUUCCUUUGUUUUAGAAAGAAUGAAUCGGAUGACAAUAUAUGUUGAGAUAAAUAAUACUAGUUGAUGUCUGCGACUCCGUCCGCGCUGAAUGAAAAAAAAAACAUAAUUAGUAGCUUAUCGUGUUCUUUGAAAGUUUCUUCUACAUACAAAUUUUAUCGAGAUCCAUACAGCCGUUUUGGAGAUACCUUCUCAUAAACAUCCAUCCAUCCAAACAUUCGCAUUUAUAAUAUUAGUAAUUUUCAUUGCCUUACAACAUCAUUUAAUGUCUUUAACUUUAGAAAAUCUUUGUUUAAAUUAAUCACACAAAUCUAUUAGUAAUAACUCUGUGGUUACAUAAAGGGGGGAAGUAGAAAUUAUUCAGGUAAGUUUUUUAAAAUUUGUCUCAUUCUAUUGAAUUCGACUAUAGUUGUUUUGAAACCGAUUAUACAUCGAAGGGAAGAUCUAGUAAUGCCAACCCUACGUGAAUGAUACGUCACGCUCGAUACAAACGAUAUAAGGUUUCGUACCUGGCCAUUGAUAAAAUCAUUGGUUUAAUUAAAAGCCAUUAUCGAAAAAGAAAAGAGAAAAAAAAUUAAAUAUGACUUCAUUAUUUUUAUGUUAUCCUGGUAGUCAAGCAAUCAAGACUUAUUUUUUUAAACAGACAAACCUAAUCUAUGUUUUUAAAUAUAUUAUAUAAAAAUUAUGUUGUAUUAAAAAUGGGAUUCGGAUAAAUAGCUUGGAAAUAUUUCAAGCCUAUAAGGUUAACAAAAAUUUAUAGCCUAACCAAGAAAAUGAUCCUGGCUUGGGGGAUUUUCUUUUUUAUAACAUCGCUUUUUAAUAUGUGUAAAAAAAUUGGUUCCUUUUUUCCGCAAUAUGGCGAGGGUUUCCUAAAAAGAAGCGUUAGGCUAUGUGUCUUACUUAAAAAGAGUUUUAUAUGUUGAAAUUCAUUUGACCUUGAUGUUCAACUGUCGAAGCACCCGUACUCAAAUAUACGCCUAUCACUGUUUUUUUCAAAGAGAAUAAAAAGGACGCCAAUAUGUUUUAUUACGAAAUAUAAUCAUAUUUUUUUUUUAUUUA